AUAGAUUAAGGUCAGGGAGACAUUAGAUUUUGUGAUCGAAGACAAACAGAAAACAAAAAAGCUUAAUUAGUCGUCACUCGUCACAAAUUCUCACGUACAUUAAAUUUAGAUUUGGAGUCAUUCAUACUACAUCAGAAAUAUAUUUAUCAAUAAUAAAAGCGGCUCAACUUCAUCAUCAAACAUCCUAACAAGUCUCCAGGUUUCUUCCACGCCUCAAGGUUAACAUUAUCAACUACUUUUCUGAACAAGGGGUGGUUGGUGACACUAUGGACAAGGAUAAUGGAGUAGAAGAGGCAUCAACUUCCAACACUGGUGCAUCCGAUAAACAAUAUCAGAACGAAAAGAAGAGUCAGACUCAGGCUCAGAUUCAGGCUCAGCAGAAUGAUAGUGCUACUAAUAGAGUUCCAUUCUAUAAGCUCUUCUCAUUUGCAGAUUCUACUGAUAAGGCAUUGAUGAUCAUUGGCACCAUUGGCGCUAUCGGAAAUGGUGUAUGUAUGCCUUUGAUGGCUGUCAUUUUCGGAGAGUUGGUUGAUUCGUUUGGCGAAAAUCAAAAUACCAAACGUAUUGUUCAUAUCGUCUCUCAGGUCGCGCUAAAGUUUGUGUACUUGGCCAUAGGAGUAGCUGUGGCAGCAUUUCUUCAGGUGGCUUGUUGGAUGGUAACAGGAGAACGACAAGCUGCACGAAUAAGGAAGAUGUACUUGAAAGCUAUACUUAGACAAGAUAUCGCCUUUUUCGACAAAGAAACAAGCACAGGAGAAGUUAUAGGGAGAAUGUCAGGGGAUACAGUUCUUAUACAAGAUGCUAUGGGGGAGAAGGUUGGAAAGUUUUUACAGAUGAUAUCAACGUUCGUAGGAGGUUUUGUCAUCGCAUUUAUCAAAGGGUGGCUUCUUACUCUUGUCAUGCUUUCCUCCAUUCCUCUUCUAGCCAUUUCUGGUGCAGCUAUGACAAUCAUUGUCUCGAAGAUGGCAACAAGGGGGCAAGAUGCUUAUGGAAAGGCAGCAACUGUUGUACAACAGACUAUAGGAUCAAUCAGAACUGUGGCGUCAUUUACAGGCGAGAAAAGAGCUAUUGCAGAGUACAAUAAAUCUAUUGGAAGUGCUUAUAAAUCGGGCGUUUAUGAAGGAGUGGCCGCGGGAUUGGGGCUGGGUGCUUUAAUGAUGGUAGUCUUUUGCAGCUAUGCUCUAGCCAUAUGGUUCGGCUCAAAGAUGAUUCUCGAAAAAAAUUACUCUGGCGGUACCGUCCUUAAUGUCAUUAUAGCCGUCCUGGUUGGCUCCAUGUCACUGGGGCAGGCGUCGCCUUCUAUGAGUGCAUUUGCUGCUGGCCAAGCAGCAGCCUACAAGAUGUUUGAAACCAUCAACAGAAAACCUGCAAUUGAUCCUUAUGAUCUCAGUGGAAAAGUGUUGGAUGAUAUUCAUGGGGAUAUUGAGCUAAGGGAUGUUUAUUUCAGUUAUCCAACUAGACCGGACGAGCAACUUUUUAGCGGGUUUUCUCUCUCGAUUUCAAGUGGUACGACUGCAGCAUUGGUCGGACAAAGUGGAAGUGGGAAAUCGACAGUGAUUAGCCUCAUCGAAAGAUUCUAUGAUCCACAAGCCGGACAGGUUUUAAUUGAUGGAAUCGAUAUCAAAGAUUUUCAACUUCGGUGGAUCAGGCAAAAAAUUGGGCUCGUUAGUCAAGAACCAAUUUUGUUCGCUUCUUCUAUCAGAGAUAAUAUCGCGUAUGGGAAGGAUGGUGCCACACUCGAAGAGAUAAAAGCUGCAGCUGAGCUUGCAAAUGCUUCCAAGUUUAUUGAUAAAUUACCGCAGGGGCUAGAUACCUUAGUCGGUGAGCAUGGAACCCAGCUAUCUGGCGGACAGAAGCAAAGAGUGGCUAUUGCGAGGGCCAUUUUGAAAGAUCCGAGGAUUCUAUUACUCGAUGAAGCUACGAGUGCGCUUGAUGCUGAAUCGGAAAGAAUAGUGCAGGAAGCAUUAGAUAGGAUAAUGAUCAAUAGGACGACUGUUAUUGUUGCUCAUCGUUUGAGUACUGUACGGAAUGCUGAUAUGAUCGCCGUUAUUCAUCAAGGAAAGGUGGUCGAGAAAGGACCACACGAUGAACUACUGAAGGAUCCGGAAGGGGCUUACUCCCAACUAAUCCGUCUGCAGGAAAUGAGAAAAGAAUCUGAACAAGCUGAUCAUGAGAACGUUAGAGAGAUCUCGAAAGAGUCAAGCCAGAGAAUAUCAUCCUUACGAUCACUGAGUCGUGGAUCCUCUGGGAGAUUGAGCAGUAAUCGUCACUCAUUCUCAAUAAUGUCCGGAGUAGGAGUAGAUCUUCCGGAGAGUGCCCUACCAGAAACCGAGGAUGCUGCUACUUCAACUUCAGCAAAACACCCACAAGUCUCGAUUUGGCGUCUUGUGUCUCUUAAUAAGCCUGAAAUUCCAGCACUCGUGCUUGGAGCUAUAUCUGCAAGUGCCAACGGUGUCAUCUUCCCCAUUUUCAGUAUACUUCUUUCUAGUGUGAUCAACAUGUUUUACGAGCCACCCCAACAGCUGAAAAAAGAUUCGAAGUUCUGGGCCUUAAUGUUUCUAGUCCUUGGUCUGGCAUCCCUUCUGACAAACCCGGCUCGAGCCUACUUCUUUUCAGUGGCUGGUUGUAGAUUGAUACAACGGAUCAGAUCCAUGUGUUUUUCUAAAGUAGUUCAUAUGGAGGUAAGUUGGUUUGAUGAGUCUGAGAACUCGAGUGGUGCGAUUGGUGCAAGGCUCUCUACUGAUGCUGCAGCUGUACGUGCUUUGGUUGGAGAUGCCCUUGGUUUGCUUGUUCAGAAUAUUGCGACUGCAAUUGCGGGUUUGCUGAUUGCUUUCCUUGCAAAUUGGAUUUUGGCGUUCAUUGUCCUCGCAUUAAUACCCCUAAUCGGACUUAACGGGUAUAUUCAGAUGAAGUUCAUGAAGGGAUUCAGCGCAGAUGCUAAGAAGAAGUACGAAGAGGCAAGCCAAGUUGCAAAUGACGCAGUUGGGAGUGUCAGAACAGUUGCUUCUUUUUGUGCAGAGGAGAAAGUGAUGCAAUUGUAUGAUCAGAAAUGUGAAGCUCCCAAAGAAGCCGGUAUGAAGCAAGGUUUGAUUAGUGGCGCAGGUUUCGGAGUGUCCUUUGCUUUGCUCUUUUGCGUCUAUGCUGUCAGUUUCUACGCGGGAGCCCAACUCGUUGCCCAUGGUAAAACAACUUUUACCAAGGUUUUCCGGGUGUUUUUUGCACUUACCAUGGCAGCAAUAGGAAUAUCACAAUCUAGCUCCUUCGCUCCCGACAGUAGCAAAGCCAAAAGUGCCACUGCUUCUGUAUUCUCGAUCCUUGAUCGAAAAUCCAAGAUAGACCCAAGUGAUGAAUCUGGAACGACCUUGGAUAACGUAAAAGGUGAAAUUCAGCUACGGCAUGUGAGCUUCACAUAUCCCACUAGACCUGAUAUUCAGAUUUUCCGAGAUCUAUCCUUAACUAUCCAUUCUGGGAAGACUGUGGCUCUGGUAGGGGAAAGUGGGAGCGGAAAAUCGACAGUCAUCUCACUCUUGCAAAGAUUUUAUGAUCCUGCAUCUGGCUACAUUACCCUUGAUGGCAUUGAAAUUCAGAAAUUCCAGUUGAAAUGGCUAAGGCAACAAAUGGGCCUUGUCAGUCAAGAACCUGUUCUGUUUAACGACACAAUACGGGCGAACAUUGCUUACGGAAAAGAAGGCAAUGCCACCGAGGCUGAAAUCAUUGCGGCUGCAGAACUUGCAAAUGCGCAUAAGUUCAUCUGCGGCCUUCAACAGGGCUAUGAUACAGUAGUAGGGGAACGAGGCGUUCAAUUGUCCGGAGGUCAAAAACAGCGGGUCGCCAUUGCACGUGCUAUAGUAAAGAAUCCAAGAAUACUACUGUUGGAUGAGGCCACCAGUGCGCUGGACGCUGAAUCUGAAAGAGUUGUGCAGGAUGCAUUAGAUCGCGUGAUUGUGAAUCGGACUACGGUAGUUGUUGCACAUCGCUUAUCUACCAUAAAGAAUGCCGAUGUAAUUGCAGUGGUAAAAAACGGAGUCAUUGCAGAGAAAGGGAGGCAUGAAACUCUGAUACGUAUCAAAGAUGGAGUGUAUGCAUCCUUGGUUGCUCUUCACAUGAGCGCAUCCUCCUGA